GUAAGAGAGAGAAAAAAAAGAAAAAAGAAAGAAAGAGAGAGAGACCUUCUUCUCCGUUUCAACUUUCAUUGAUGCUUACACGAACCAGGUGAACCGGACCGGACCGUCUCUCCCAGCUCAUCAUCAUCAUCUCUCUCUCCGCCAUUUCUUCUCUUCAACUAAGAUCGGAACUCUAUGAGCCUCCGCCAGCGUCCUCCGCCGGCGGUGGGCGGUCAACCGCCGUACGGAUCGAACAGGUCUCGGAAUCCACAACAGGAUGUUUCUGAAGAAGCCUACAAUAUUAUCCCCAUUCAUAACCUACUCGCUGACCAUCCUUCUCUUAGAUACCCCGAGGUACGCGCUGCCGCCGCAGCACUACGCGCCGUCGGUGAACUAAGGAAACCGCUUUUCGUGCAAUGGACUGAUGAGAUGGAUCUCCUUGACUGGCUCGGUGCGUUCUUUGGUUUCCAGCGUGAUAACGUGAGGAAUCAGAGGGAACAUUUAGUCCUUCACCUGGCUAACUCUCAGAUGCGACUCCAACCGCCGCCUGAUAACAUUGACUCCUUGGACCCCGCGGUUCUACGACGGUUUCGCCGUAAGCUACUCAAGAAUUAUACUGCCUGGUGCUCUUAUCUUGGCAGGAAAUCUAAUAUCUGGAUCUCUGAAAACGCUCGUCGUGACUCAGACCACCGUCGUGAACUUCUCUAUGUGUCUUUGUUUCUUCUGAUUUGGGGUGAGUCUGCUAAUCUUCGGUUUGUUCCUGAAUGUAUUUGCUAUAUAUUUCAUCAUAUGGCCAUGGAAUUGAAUAGAAUUCUAGAGGAUUAUAUAGAUGAGAACACAGGUCGGCCUGCUGAGCCAUCUAUUUCAGGUGAGAAUGCGUUUCUUAACAAGGUUGUGAAACCGAUAUACGAUACCAUUAGCGCUGAGGUAGAGAAUAGUAAGAACGGUACUGCACCUCACUCGGCUUGGCGAAACUAUGACGACAUUAACGAGUAUUUCUGGAGUAAAAGGUGUUUUGAGAAAUUGAAGUGGCCAUUUGAUUUAGGUAGCAACUUCUUUGUCACUACAAGCAAGGGAAGGGGUGUUGGUAAAACCGGGUUUGUUGAGCAGAGAUCAUUCUGGAACUUAUUUCGUAGUUUUGAUAAGCUAUGGAUUAUGUUGAUUUUGUUUCUUCAGGCAUCCAUCAUUACUGCUUGGGAUCAGGAUGAGUUUCCUUGGCAGGCAUUGCGUAGAGAAGAGGUUCUGAUUCGUAUUCUGUCUGUGUUUAUAACUUGGAGUGGAUUAAGAUUUCUUCAAUCAAUUCUUGAUGCUGGGAUGCAAUACAGUCUUGUGUCAAGAGAGACCUUGUCACAUGGAGUUAGAUUGGUUUUGAAGAUUAUGGUUGCUGCGGGAUGGAUUAUUGUUUUCAGUGUCUUUUAUUCUAGAAUUUGGAAACAAAAGAAACUUGGCCGUCAGGCCAGAAACAGUAUUGUUAACUUCCUUGAAGUUGUAGUGGUUUUCCUCGUUCCAGAAAUCCUCGCACUUGCUUUCUUUAUUAUACCAUGGAUAAGGAAUCUUGCCGAGAACAAGAACUGGAGGAUCUUCUAUUUUUUGACAUGGUGGUUUCAGAGUCGGACAUUUGUUGGUCGUGGCCUCAGAGAAGGACUCGUCGACAAUAUCAAGUACUCUCUGUUCUGGGUUGCCGUACUUAUUACCAAAUUUGCAUUCAGUUACUUUCUACAGGUUAAGCCCAUGAUCAUUCCAACCAAGAACCUACUGAAUCUUAAGAAUGUGAAUUACGAAUGGCAUGAAUUUUUCAACAGCAGCAACAGGUUUGCUGUCGGGCUGUUAUGGCUUCCUGUGGUAUGCAUAUACCUAUUGGAUUUGCAGAUUUGGUAUUCAAUAUACUCCUCGUUCGUUGGUGCAGGCAUUGGAUUGCUAGAACAUAUAGGUGAGAUACGAAAUAUGCAACAGUUGAGAUUGAGAUUUCAGUUCUUUGCAAGUGCAAUUCAGUUCAAUCUGAUGCCUGAGGAACAACUGCUGAAUACAAGGGGAACUCUGAAGAGUAAAUUUCGUGAUGCUGUAAACCGUCUGAAACUUAGAUAUGGACUGGGCACUCCGUUUAAGAAGCUUGAAUCUAAUCAAAUAGAAGCAAACAAGUUUUCUUUGAUAUGGAAUGAGAUCAUAAAUGUUUUUCGAGAAGAAGAUAUCAUUAGUGAUAGGGAGCUUGAGCUUUUAGAGCUUCCUCCGAAUACUUGGAAUGUAAGUGUAAUCCGAUGGCCUUGUGUUCUCCUUUCUAACGAGCUGUUACUCGCUCUUGGUCAAGCUAGAGAGCUGAUAGACGCACCCGACAAGUGGAUUUGGUAUAAGAUGAGUAAAAACGAGUACAGGAGUUGUGCUAUAACCGAAGCCUACGAAAGCGUCAAACACUUGCUGCUCGAGAUUGUCAAAAGGAAUACAGAGGAACACUCGAUCGUGACAGUCUAUUUCCAAACGAUCGACAACUCGAUCCAGAUUGAGAAGUUCAAUAAGAUGUUUAAUCUUAAGGCACUGCCGCAAAUCCAUGGGAAGUUGAAAACUCUUCUCGAGAUUCUGGUGAAGCCUAAGAAAGACGUCAGCAAAGUUGUUAAUACCUUACAAGCACUCUAUGAGGUAGCUGUACGUGACUUUUAUAAGGGAGUGGGAAGCAUCGAUCAGCUGAGGGAGGACGGAUUAGCCCCUCGUAACCCAGACUCAAGCGAGGGUGGUCUUCUUUUCGAAAACGCAGUUGUAUUGCCUGAUAUCACAGACGAAGCCUUUUAUCGACAGGUCAGACGUUUACACACACUUCUUUCGUCGAACGAUUCGAUGCAUAAUAUACCAAUGAAUCUCGAGGCCAGGCGACGUAUUGCUUUCUUCAGUAACUCUCUUUUCAUGAACAUACCUCACGCCCCUCAAGUCGAGAAAAUGAUGACUUUCAGUGUGCUGACUCCCUACUACAAUGAAGAGGUGUUGUAUAAUAAGGAACAGCUCCGAACCGAGAAUGAAGAUGGGGUUUCCACGUUGUAUUACCUGCAGACGAUCUACGCAGAUGAAUGGAAGAAUUUUCUGGAGCGAAUGCGACGAGAGGGAAUGGCAAAUGAUAAUGAAAUAUAUGCGGAAAGGAUUAGAGACCUUAGACUUUGGGCAUCGUUUAGAGGCCAGACUCUCUCACGAACUGUUCGGGGAAUGAUGUACUACUAUCGGGCUCUCAAGAUGCUGGCUUUUCUUGACUCUGCAUCUGAGAUGGACAUUCGAGAAGGAUCUCGCGACCUUGCUUCCGAGGUGCGAAGAAAUGGUAGCAUGGAUCGGUUUAGUUCCGAAAGACAACCUUCGACAAGGAGUUUGAGUAGAACAGACAGCGCCGUUAGUAUGUUGUUCAAAGGCCAUGAGCAUGGGACUGCAUUAAUGAAAUACACUUACGUUGUUGCCUGCCAGAUAUAUGGGAGUCAAAAAGCGAAAAAAGAUCCUCGUGCAGAAGAAAUCUUAUGCCUGAUGAAGGAAAAUGAAGCUCUCCGAGUGGCCUAUGUUGACGAGGUCUCCUCAGGGAGGGAAGGGAAAGAGUACUACUCUGUUCUCGUGAAGUAUGAUCAAGAGCUCGGGAGGGAAGUGGAGAUUUAUCGGGUAAGGUUACCGGGUCCUUUGAAGCUCGGGGAGGGUAAGCCCGAGAAUCAAAAUCACGCCCUUAUCUUCACUCGUGGCGAUGCAGUUCAAACCAUUGAUAUGAACCAAGAUAAUUAUUUCGAGGAGGCUCUAAAGAUGCGGAAUUUGUUGGAGGAGUAUAAGCGCACUUAUGGUAUCCGAAAGCCCACUCUGUUAGGUGUUCGUGAGCAUAUUUUUACCGGUUCGGUUUCAUCUCUCGCUUGGUUUAUGUCUGCCCAGGAAACGAGUUUCGUCACGUUGGGGCAGCGUGUAUUGGCUAACCCUUUGAAAGUACGAAUGCACUAUGGCCACCCCGAUGUGUUCGACCGGUUCUGGUUUCUGACUCGUGGAGGGAUAAGUAAAGCUUCGAGGGUGAUCAAUAUAAGCGAGGACAUUUUCGCUGGCUUCAACUGCACUUUAAGAGGCGGAAACGUCACCCAUCACGAGUACAUUCAGGUUGGUAAAGGAAGGGAUGUGGGUUUAAAUCAAAUAUCCAUGUUUGAGGCGAAGGUUGCAAGUGGGAACGGUGAGCAAGUGCUUAGCCGAGAUGUGUAUCGGUUGGGACACAGGCUGGAUUUCUUCCGAAUGUUAUCGUUCUUCUAUACGACUGUCGGUUUCUUUUUCAACACCCAUAUGGUGAUUCUCACUGUUUAUGUUUUCCUUUGGGGUAGACUUUAUCUAGCUUUAAGUGGGUUGGAAGCUUCUGCUUUGGCAAGCGAUACCAACAGCAACAAAGCGCUCGCCACAAUUUUGAACCAGCAGUUCAUCAUUCAACUCGGAGUAUUCACAGCCUUGCCUAUGAUCGUCGAAAAUUCUCUCGAGCACGGUUUCCUUGGAUCCAUUUGGGAUUUCAUAACGAUGAUGCUUCAGCUUUCGUCGGUUUUCUACACGUUCUCGAUGGGAACUCGCGCUCAUUACUUCGGCAGGACUAUUCUUCAUGGUGGCGCAAAAUACAGGGCGACUGGGCGUGGGUUCGUGGUGGAGCAUAAGCGUUUUGCUGAGAAUUAUAGGCUUUACGCUCGCAGUCACUUUGUGAAGGCAAUCGAAUUGGGACUCAUACUCAUCGUUUAUGCUUGUUACAGCCCCAUAGCUAAGGGCACGCUCGUCUACAUAGCGUUGACAAUCACAAGUUGGUUCUUGGUAGUAUCGUGGAUCAUGGCUCCUUUCGUAUUCAAUCCUUCUGGAUUUGAUUGGCUGAAGAAUGUUUACGACUUCGAUGAUUUCAUGGCCUGGAUAUGGAACCGUGCCGGUGUGUUUUCGAAAUCCGAGCAAAGUUGGGAAAGAUGGUGGUACGAAGAGCAAGAUCAUCUGAGGACAACGGGGUUCUUGGGUAAAGUACUGGAAAUUGCCUUAGACUUACGAUUCUUCUUCUUCCAGUAUGGAAUAGUCUACCAGCUAGGUAUCUCAAACCACAGUAAAAGCGUGGCGGUUUAUCUACUCUCUUGGAUCUGUGUGAUUGUGGCUGUCGUAGUUUAUUUGAUAAUCGCAUAUGCCCGUGACAAAUACGCUGCAAAAGCCCAUGUAUAUUAUCGGCUGGUGCAGUUCCUGCUUAUUAUUUCUGGCGUGCUCGUGAUCGUGGCCUUGUGGGAGUUCACCUCUUUCAAAUUCUUGGAUCUGUUCACGAGUAUGCUGGCGUUUCUCCCUACUGGAUGGGGUUUCAUUUUGAUUGCUCAAGUGUUUCGCUCCUUCUUAGAGAAAACAUUUAUCUGGAAGAUUGUAGUUUCUGUUGCCAGACUGUAUGAUAUCAUGUUUGGAGUAAUUGUUCUUGUACCUGUGGCUAUAUUAUCAUGGGCGCCUGGUUUCCAGUCAAUGCAGACCAGGAUUCUGUUCAAUGAUGCAUUCAGUAGGGGUCUGCAAAUUUUCCAGAUUGUGACUGGCAAGAAAUCAAAGGCCGAUUUGUGAUUCUCAAGCAGCUACUCAACUUGAAAUCAGAGUCAAGAGGAGGCGCGAUACUUGUUUCAUAGAGAGAUCUAGUUGGUGUUAUUGUAGAGGAGGAUGAGAUACGUGUAUAUGUUGUCAUGACGCCAAUUUACUUUGGAUAGAAAAACAUAUCAUUUGUUUUACUCGGUUUUUACCCAUUUCAUCAUUUGUCUUACUUUGAUUGAUGUUGUAAUUAGUCAAUUUUACUGGUACUGUGUUUAUCAUGUAAGUUUAGACUGGCUAUUGUUUACAAAAUUGAUGUAAUUUUCAUA